AGCAAGAAGUUAGUCCAAAAAAUGUUGAACGAAAUGGAGCCAUUUAAUCGGCUUGUAUAUAUGUUUGGCUAAGGUUUUUUAAUUACCAGAUCCAUUAUUGGUAGUCUUUUUAGUGGUAGAUCUGGUCGGAGGAAAGCCGACUCAGUUUUCUUUUAUGUUUUUCUAUAUUAAAGCUGUAAAGCGAAGCUAACAGGCUAGCUAACUAAAAUAGUAUACUUGUAGGGUAUCUGGCUAGCUAUUUAGCUAGCUAACGUCAUACCGCAAAGUUAAUAAGCAAAGAAGGAACCAUGACUGCAUCAUACAGGAGCACUUGUCUAGCGACAAAGGGUUUGGACAUAAGUCUUGCCGCUUUGCAGAGACAGGACCCUUAUAUCAACAACAUAAUUGAUGUGGCCAGUCAAGUAGCACUUUAUAGUUUUAACAACGAAACAAACGAAUGGGAAAAGACGGAUGUUGAAGGCACAUUGUUUGUGUAUACAAGGCUUGCUUCUCCCAAGCACGGUUUCACAAUCAUGAACCGUCUCAGUAUGGACAACCUGACUGAACCCAUCACAAAGGACCUGGACUUCCAGCUUCAAGACCCUUUUCUGCUAUAUAGGAAUGCUAGGUUGUCCAUUUAUGGGAUUUGGUUUUAUGAUAAAGAAGACUGCCAGCGUAUCGCUGAACUUACAAAAACUCUGACUAGGCAGGAACAGCAACUGCAUACUCAGAGUCAGUGUGGGUGGGUGUCUCCACAAAGGCUGGAAUCCAGAGAGGGGAAAGGAGUAGACAUACUGCAGAUGCUAACUAAAGCACGCGAUGAGUAUGACAAGGGUAAGCUUAGCUCAGAGCCUAAGGAAAUUGGCAGUGGAGGGGGAAUAUAUGCCAACCCCAACCUGAUCAAACCCAUUCCACUUAAACCCAAAGAGAGACACCAGCCAGGAGUACAGGAUUACGGGACACAAAGGCAGGGCCAAACCCAACAGGAUGGAGAGAUGGACCCCAGUCAUCUCUCAAUUGCAGCUUUGUUUGGAGGAAUGGGCAAGGCUGCUUCUCUCUCCCCACAACCUGGAGGCAAUGCAUGCAAAGUGGCGUCAGUCCGACCAGCCGUGGUCCGUUCCCUGUCCUACGACGAACCUUCUCCAGCAGCAGGGGGUGCUGUGGUGUCCGGCAGCCCCACCCAGCACUGCUCUGCCAUCCAAAAGCUGAUGAGCGGCUCCCGGGGACCAGUGGCACCUCUGCAGCCCGUCUCUGAGUCACCUGAAAACAGACUUUCCGAGAAUGGGCCUCCACAGAGCCGGCCUGAUCCAAUACAAAGACUACUUCAAAACGCCCCCUCCUCCAGCCAUGCAGCCACCUACACCCCCAUCCCUCCACCCCCGCUGAUCCCAGGGCUGCCUGCUCCUCAGCUAGCUCAAGGACAGCCAGCACCAUUUGGAGAGGGUCAUCAACCACAAUACAAGGCUCCAGUAUCAGCCCAGGCUGAGCUUGCGUUUUACAGCACCUCUGUAGCACCAUCUACUGGGUGUGGCCUAAAUGUGGGCUUGGGAGUGGUGUCCCCCCAUGAGCUUCUCCAGAGGCUACAGCUUGUCCAGCAAGAGCAGAAUGUCAGUCAGGAGCCAUCCCGCUUAACUCUGGCCCCCAGCUUCCACAAGUCUUCUCUGCAACACAGCCUGUCCAAUAGCCAUAACUCCACUGAGCCUGCAAAGGCUCAAGUGAGCUCCCCCCAGUGUAUCCCAGCUACAGUAGCUCCUGCCCUGCUGUUGUCUCCCAGUAUGUUCUCCCACACAAAGGGGGCCCCGGCGGAGUGGGAGGAGCCCCGCGUGCUGAGCCGGGCUCAGCUGCAGGCCACACUGCUGCACCUCAUCAGGAAUGAUGCCACUUUCCUGGACACAAUCUAUGAAGCAUACAUCUCCUCUCUGGCCAAGGACACAAGCUCACAACUCUUCUGAAAGAGAAGCACAGACUCCUCAGACAGCUGUGCUCUGAGCAAAAAAACAACUGCUUGCUUGUGCAACCACUGGAACUAGGUGUUUCAGAUAUGCCCAAAACACAAAAUUUGCACACAUCAAGCAAUUUUUAGCAUGUGAAUUCAGGUGUUUUCAUCAGGCUGAACGAUUAUAUCUCACAAGGAGAGUUCGUAGAGGGUUCACCUUAGGGAUAAUUUUCAGAAAUAUUUGUUUGUUUUGGGAUUUUUUUAAAAUCUGCUACCUGUUAAGCAAUAUCCCAAUGGCCACAAAAUACAGCUUUUAUCAUUUUGAAUUUGCUUUUAAAUUGAGAUAGAUUAUUCCAUAAAUGGGAUUUUAGAUUUUAUCUUUUGUGCUUUAUGUUAAUGUAUAAAUUUGCAUUUGCAGCUAUUUUUGAGGAAGGUGUUAAGGACCCUUUUCUGUAAACAUUUUAACUUAAAUUUCACAAUUUCAAAUGUUUUAAAUGGAAAAGAAAAUCUGAAUUCAUAUAUAUUCAUAUUCAUUGAUGUAUCUGAGACUUUUUCAUAGGUCAGCAUCUGCUGGGAGGACAUAAAAUAUUUCAAAAAACUACUUUGAUAGAUUGUCAGAUUAUCUAAUAAUGAAAAAUAAAAAUAUUUUCAGAGACUAAAACCUUUUCUUUUCUUUUUCUUUGGAGUGUGUUUACUGUUCAUAUUUCAAUUACCUACACACUGUUCCACUGCAUUGUUUCAUCUUGC